GCACCUGUGGCGUCUGUGGCUGAGAAGAUGCCAUCCAUGGAGGGUGGCGACCCAGACCAGAGUAUCGCGGGCAUGAUGUACCCACUGAUGUACAUGCACAACGUGUACAGCAACAUGGUGGACAAAGUGACGCAGCACAUGUCCGUGUCCUGGUCCUUCUUCAUGCAGGACGGCACCGGCCGCCUGGUGGUCAUCAAGUCGCACCCGCAGGUCGUAGAUCUGGACGUGCAAGAUUUUGACGACUACUCCACCUUCAAGGGCACCAGCAGCGGCGUUGAGACAAACAUCGAGGCCUCGGACAACACCGCCACAGAGAUGCUCCGGCACUCACAGAUGAAGUCUGUGCGCAGUUUUGGAGAUGAAAUGAAUGCUGCGAGGGCGUACCCGUGGUCGAGUACCGAAGACAGCAACAACAGUGAUUGGCUGUCCUGUAUCGCCCGCAAGACGGGAAUCCCACGACUCCUUCUGUGCAUCAUCAUUCUCCUCAGUGCCAUCGCCAUGAUCUGGCUGUGUAUGUCCGCAGCGGUCACAGCCCCAGCAUUUAUAUUAAAUUAUAUAAUUAUUUUUUUUGGUCUGCAAAUCAAGCAAGAAUCUCCUUACCUACUCUGCUUUCUACUAGUUCUUCUGUAUUUUGGGUCAAAUGUCAGAAAUUUCACAGACCAAGACAAGGACUGGAAAUUGUGGUAA